AUGCUUCGAAAUGCCAUCAGAAUCCAGGCCUUUACCGGAUUUACAUCGCACAUCCGCCUGAUCUCGCAGAAUUCCAAGUUAUUCAACAGAUUUCGAGCAACCCGAACUCGUCGACCGGUAGCCGACCCAAAACCAAAAGAAUUCAAGUCUCAAGAAGUCCAUGAAGUCCAUCCUGAUUCGAUAUCGCUUCGCCCGCCGUCGCACCUUUGGAGAGCUCUUGGUUUCACAGCUGGUGUAGGUUAAUUUCUUUGUUUUUGUUUGGUUUUUAGAUGAUUUCAUGGGCACAAGAGGACUGAAAAUGGUCUUUGAAGCAAUGUGCGGCUUUUCAGGCCUUUUGAUAAAUGAUUUUGGCCUUUUUGGGAAAAUUCGGAUAUUACACUUGGCCUAAAAUUUCUUUUGCAUGUAUCUUCUAAUUUUAAGCAGUUGACAGAAUCCUGCUGGUCUGAGAAGAAUCUGCAUGAUCGGGUCUUGCUUUUCAAUAUUUGAAAUUUUCAUUACCUUUUGGUUUUACAUCAUUAUUGACAUUAUUUUACCUCUGAACGCCUGUUUUUAGGUAUCAGCUGUAACUUACACAGUUGCCGCGUACAGCGAUUUCCAACGGCAGAAGGACUUUAAGCAAUCUAUUAACGAUUUCUUUUCCCACUCGUUCUUCACCAAUUUCGCCGAGCCGUCCAGCUCACGUAGUAUUAAUCAUGAGCUUGGUGAAUUUUCUCCAGGCCAGAAGCUGAUAUUCGGAUUGAUUGCUGCAAAUGUAGCCAUCACUAUUUUAUGGCAAAUUCCAUCACUCAGAGUCCCAAUGAUGCGGUAUUUUACGAAUUCUUUCGCUCAGAGUGAGUCUUUUUAUAUUGUACUUGACGUUUAGAAAAGGUGAAAAAGAACCUUUCAGAAAGUCUCUGUGUCCCAAUGGUGUCCUCAGUGUUCUCUCACAGCAGUUGGAUCCAUUUGGGACUGAAUAUGUACGUCCUGCAUAGUUUUGCAUCCGUCUCCGUGGAUCGGUUUUUCGGAGUUGAUCAGGUACGAGAUUUGGUUAUAUUUCUUUGAAUUUUAGAUGUAGUUCUUGGCUUUCUACCUCACAGCCGGCGCAUUUUCUUCGUUGACUAGUCUGGCUCACAAAUCGGCGGUUAGAUCGCCUGUUCGGGCGCUGGGCGCAGUAAGUUGGCAUGGAUAAUAUAAUUUUUGUCGAUUUUUUAAAAUAUUUUUGCUUUUUUGACGGUUUGAAAGAAUUUAAUGAAAAGCUACUAAUAUUUAGAGUAUAAUAGAGUAUCUUAGCCUCAAAUUUUAUCACCUUUUAUUUACUUUUUUACCUAAAAAAUUUUUAUUUUUAGUCCGGAGCAAUUUGCGCAUUGCUUGUCUACACAUGCAUGAAGAUCCCGGAUUCUCGAUUGUCCAUCAUUUUCCUGCCGAUGUUCACGUUUAGCGCGGAGAAUGCGGCGUAUGGAUUGAUGGCGUUCGACUUGGCCGGACUGCUCCUCCGAUUCAAACUUUUCGAUCACGCUGCUCAUUUAGGUGGAAGUAUAUUCGGAUUGUAAGUUUUUUUGACUUUGUUAGAGCAUUUGAAAUUUUAGUGAGGUAAUUUGGAAAGUGACAAAUGCAAAAUCGAGAUUUUUAUUUGGAAAUUUUGGCUUUUGUCAUGGAUAAUAUAAUUUUUGACGAUUUUUGAAAACGACAAGUGAUUGGAUGGAUCUUGUUGGGCUUGUAGUAGCCUUAUACGUCAUUUGCAAAGAUUUUUUUCGAAAAAUUUUAGUUUAGAACUUAUUUUGGAUCAAAAAUAGGGCUAGGCGAUUUUUCGUUAAAAAUGUAGUAAAGACCUCCUAAAACUCGUUGAAAUUGGUUGUAGUAGAAAGGUACUGCUAUGUUCAAGCCUUUUCAACAAAAGGAUUUUGGUAGUUUUACUUGUCCGAGCCAUUCCAUCCAUUUUUAUAUUAUCCAUGACCCAUUUUUGGUUCAUUUUUUUAUUUCCGUUAUAAUUCCGUGCUCAUCGAGUUGUUCUCACUCUUUUCAGAUGGUAUGCAUGGUACGGGCAGGCGUUGGUGGAACAACGACUAUUUCCCUUCGUUCAGCGUUAUUUGAAAUAA